AUUUCCAAUCAUUCAACCCCACAAGUUUGCGCUCUUGUGGUCAUGGGGUGCUCAGUGAACGUAAUUGACAGUUCGACACCACACACUCCCCUCUCACAGCCCACAUUUGCCGCCUGUUAUGGGUUUUCCUAGAAUCCGCUCAGGUCCCCCAAAAUCCUCCUUCAAAUCCCAUAUUUUCAGAUAAUCCAAAUCCUAAUCCGAGUCUUAAUAAUCUUCCUUCAUCGUCAUCAUCAUCAUAAUAAUCAUCGUCAUUAGUAUCAAAGUAUCAAGCACCACCCACCACCCAACAUCAGCAUCACCAGCAUAAACCUCUGAGAAAACAAAUGAAUAUGCACGCAUAAAUAUAUUUGGAUGAUUGUUCCUUCGUCGUGUCUCAAUCUGUUUGGCGUUUCCUGCAUCCGAGUCUGAAGAUUUUAGAUCUUUGUUUUUGGGUCUUGAUGAUUGAUUUAUACGUGCGUGUUUGGUGGGGGAAAUGAGUGUGGGAGAGAGUAGAUAUGCGGACCCUUUGUGACGCCUGUGAGAGUGCAGCGGCCGUCCUCUUCUGUGCCGCCGACGAGGCCGCCCUUUGCCGUGCCUGCGACGAGAAGGUCCACAUGUGUAAUAAGCUUGCUAAUCGACAUGUACGAGUCGGACUUGCUGAUCCCAGUGAUAUUCCCAGCUGUGAUAUAUGUGAAAAUGCACCUGGUUUUCUUUACUGUGAAGUAGAUGGAAGUUCCCUUUGUUUGCAAUGUGAUAUGGCUGUACAUGUUGGAGGUAAAAGAACUCAUGGAAGAUAUCUCCUAUUGAAGCAGAGAGUUGAGUUUCCAGGGGAUAAGCCUGGCCAUCUCAAGGACCCAGCUGCACAACCGAUAGAUCUAGGAGAGAACAGGAGGGUUCAAAAUCAGCCACCUAAAUUGACAGUGGGAGAGAACCAGCUAAAUCACAAGGUCUCUCCUGCUCUGAUGUCCGAUGCUAAUGCUUAUGAGAAUGAAAGGAUGGAUGCUAAAAUGAUUGAUUUGAAUAUGCAACCACAAAGGAUACAUGGGCAGGCUUCAACCAAUCAGGUCAGAAUGAUCCAUUGUCAAUUUCUCCAGAUACGGGUCUUGAUUCUGUUUCAUACUUUCAUUUCAAAUUUAAUCUCUACUUUUAACGUCUCUCAUGAAUGGAAUAGUUCCGUGUUGUAUUACAUGCAUAGGGCGCCCACACCCCCCCGCGCGGGGGCGGCCCGCCCUCUCAAGUGAACCUUUUUCCAAGAACUGUGAAACUAUAAAUCCUAAAAAUGAUCCUCUUAUGUGCAUAUUCUGUUAAAUUGUUUUAAACAAAAAGUAACUCAAUUAUUUUUAUGCAGGGUACUUGUGAGGGCUUGGUUAUAUCAUCAUAAAAUUCUACAACACAUAAAUGCAAGUUGUGGAAGUUGAUUUUUGAAUCCUUUCCUUUUCAUUUUUUUUCACUUAUGCAUUAUAUAUUCCUGUUCAUCUUUUCUUUCCUUUCCUUUCCUUUUCAUUUUGUUAUUCAUUUUUCCAUCAUGUUCAUUUUCCUACUCAUUUUUCCUUUUCCAUUUUCCCUUAACUACGUAGCAACAAUAAAUUUGACGUGUUAUGUCAAUAUAUAAAUUUUGAAACCUUUAA